CUGGCAGUAAAUAUCUGAUUUACUAGGCCUCAAUUUGUACAAUUUUUGUCUGUGGUUUUGGCCCAAAAUAUAGUAAGAAAAUGCCUCGUCAACGUUCAGAUAAGUCCAGCGGAUCGGCUCGUCACCAGAGCUCCAGGAGCAACACCAGCUGCACGAUUCCCGUUCCCAAGUCGCGUGCCAGCAACAGCCAACUGCCAGCGGUGAACCAGCCACCCAAACAGCAGUCGACACCAGCUCCUGCAACUAAAGCUGCUGCCACAGCGCCAGCGGCAGAGGUAGCCCCCAAGGAAAGUGGCAAAGGAAGCCUGUUCAAGGACAUGGCCGCCACUGCAGCGGGCGUGGCAGCCGGAUCAGCUGUGGGACAUGUCGUGGGCGCUGGCAUUACUAGUUUGUUCGGCGGUGGCGGCGGGAAUUCUGUCCCAGCUAUCCAGCCGGCAGAGCAGGCGGCGCCACCGGUGGCAGUGCAGGCGCAGCGUACCAGCGAACUCGUGGAUGAUGCUCCUUGUGCCUACGAGCUGCGACAGUUCCUCAAGUGCACCGAGGAGAACAGUGACCUGACCGCCUGCCAAGGUUUCAACGAGGCCAUGAAGGAGUGCCGCCGGCGCUACAAUAUUUAGGGGCAAACCUUAGCAAAAGCAGAUUCAAGACAGAAAUAGCCAUAUGCCAUAGACCAUUACUUUUGAGUUAAUAACAUUAGAAAAUAGUUUCCAAAUGCCGAAUAUACUUUUUGAGUAAUAAGUUU